AUGUCUGCUCCCCCGACCCCCAUCCACCUUUACCAGGAAUCACUGGAGCACCACUCUGGACAGCAAGUUAUCAGUACCUCUGUUACUUGGCAGAGAGUAUAUACGAUUUUCUCAAAAUCAACUUCAACCGACGAAGAAGAUCUGAAUGGAGCUCAGGACACCUGUGGUCUGAACUACGACUACGCUGUGAUAAGUAGUGACAAUGAUUACCUUGGUGGCACCGGCCUCCGCAUCAAGUUCAACCUCAUAUCUUCCUACCUCUCAAUUGCGAUAGUCUCAGUUAUACUACUAGCAAUGUACAUGGAGGGUAGGGACGAUGACGAAGACGAUGACGAAGACGAUGGCACCUCUGUUAUAACUUCACUUCUGAAGACGACAAGCAAGUUAGACCGGAACCAGGGACUCCUUAUUCCUUUAACUGUUUGGAGUGGGGUCGAACAGGCUUUUCUUAUCUCAGUAUUCAGUGAAUCAUUUGUUGUAUGUCACUUUGGAUUGAAAACUCACGGGCUGAUGAUGAUAACUUACGGCCUUUCCGGUUCCCUCUCUUCUAUUUCUUUUGGUUUACUGAGGAGAUAUGUACCAAUGAGGAUCCUCCUAUUUGCUGCUGCUCUUCUCAACUGUGCUGUUCUUGCUCUGUCUCUGUUGGACUGUAAGGGAUCAAUGGUAAUUCACUUGUGUAUAGCAGCCUGGGGAAUAGCCGAGGGGAUAUGGCAGCCUCAAAUUGGAGUGGUGUACGCCGAGACGUUCCCCGAGGACCAGGUCUCAGCAUUUUCCCAGUACAGACUCUGGGAAAGCUUAGGAUACAUCCUCAUCUUCUCUCUGAAGCUAGCUCGAGUUGACGUUGUUGUUAUCAUCUAUAUUGUCGUUACAACACUUGCUGCUGGUUUGUUUGGCUAUAGCACCCUCUUGUGGUGUUGCAGACGGGAGAAACAUCUCAACUUCUGUUCAUCCAUUACGCGGUGAAAGUUAAACUAAGGAUGAAGAACUAAAAACAAAACGAACUAAAAACGAUCGUUUAUCAAGAAUAUGACACUACCUUGAUUGUGAAAACGGUAUUUUAUUUUUAGAUGACAUAGAAUUAAAAUAGCAAAGAUUUCGACUCGUAACAUGAAAUACGAAUCAUAAUUCAAUAAUAUUAUAAAAAUAUAUAAAUAUGUCAUUGUUAGUUAUGUAAAUAUACUAUGUAGAUACUGAAAUAGAUCAUUUGCUUAAUUUACCGUAUUU